ACUCAACAACAUCUUGAACAUUGAAUAAAACACACCUCCUCAAAACUUCAAAGACUUUAUAUCAUAUCUUCCUCACAGACUAGACUUAUCAAUCAGCCAACAUGUCCAGCAUCAUCAACAAAGUCAAGGACGCUGUCACUCAUGACAAGCAUGAGAAGCCGUCUUACUCCACCAAUGCUGGCCCUCACGACUCCAACAUGGCCAACAAAGUCGACCCUCGUGUUGACAGUGACCGCGAUGGACGUGCUGCCUAUGGCACCACUGGUACUACCGGCACUACCGGCACUGGAAUGAACAUUGGAAACACCUACACACACGGUACAACCGGCUCUACUAACGCUGGGCCUCACAACUCCAACGUUGCCAACAAGGUGGAUCCUCGUGUCGAUAGUGAUCUUGAUGGCCGUGCUGUCCAUGGAAACACUGGAUACUCCGGCACGCACACUGGCGCUGGUGUGGGCAACACAUACGGUACUACUGGCUCUACCAAUGCUGGCCCUCACAACUCCAACGUUCUAAACAAGGUGGAUCCCCGUGUCGACAGUGAUCUAGAUGGACGUGCUACCCACCACAACACUGGCUACAACACCGCUGGUACCACCACUGGAGCUGUCGCUGGAGGAUAUGGCACUGGAUCCACCAACGCUGGUCCUCACAACUCCAACAUGAUGAACAAGCUCGACCCUCGUGUCGACAGUGACCGUGGUAAGCAUUUACAAAAAUUAGUAGUCGUGACUGCCGCUAACAGCUUUUCAGAUGGACGAAAUGCCUUCGGUUCUGCUGGUUCCGCCGACACCACUACCAAGUCCUUUGAGCAGUCCCAAAACGAGUCUACUGCUACUUCCACUACUGCCCAUGGCGCACACUCAUCCAACCACGGACCUCACAAUUCUAACCUCAUGAACAAGUUGGACCCUCGUGUUGACAGUGACCGCGACCAUCAUGCUGCUCACAGCGGCAUGACCGGCCACUCUGGUACCACUGGUACUACUAUGGGUGCUGGCGCUGGCGGUAUGGGAGCUGGUGCUGGGGGCACCACGACUUACGGCCACCACGGUUACGGCACUACUACUGCUGGCCCUCAUGAUUCCAACCUGGCCAACAAGAUGGAUCCUCGUGUUGAUAGCGAUCGUUCAAAUUAUGGAACCACAACCACUGGCCAUGGCUACAACACUCGCAGCACCAACGCCGGACCCCACGACACCAACAUGGCUAACAAGAUGGAUCCUCGCGUCGACUCUGACAUGGAUAACCGUGCUCGCCACCACCACAUGGGAACUACUACUGGUGCUGCCCCCGCAGGUAGCAGCUAUGCUUCCACUGGAACUGGUCAGACUUACGGCAGUGCUGGUCCUCACAACUCCAACCUCAUGAACAAGCUUGAUCCUCGUAUCGACUCUGACUUGGAUGGUAGUCGUACCGUUGGAAACACCCAGCGUCAAUACUAGAUGUGCAUGAUUCCCCAUGAAUUGAUUUCAGUUUGCUUUAUGAAUUACGAGUCUAUUUUAUAACCUGUACUAUAGUUCCAGCAUUCCUAAUAUGAACUCAUUCCAACAUU